AUGCGGGGGAAGGUGGCGGGGAGGUUCCGGUCCGCCAUGAUCAGCAUUUAUGUCCUGCAUUCAGCUUUCUUGCAAAUAGCAGAAUCUCGUCCCCUUCCACUUCACUGCAAGCUCCUCCGCGACGUUGAGUUUCUCCCUUACCUCCUGCGAUUGAGGGGAGGAGAGGACCAAACCCAAGCUGAAGACUUGAGCGUGAGGAAUGAACAGAAGGACCCACAGGCGUCAGAGGACAAUCGCAGCACUCCUGCCGUCGAUGUCAAUGCUUCGAAUCCGACAGAUGCUGCUGUCAAUGAGACGGAAACAACAAGCAAGAAAAGGAGGUUGGAAACUGACGAAGCUGCAAAGAAUGCAGCUACAGAUUCUCAGUUGCCAACCUGCAUGCAGACUUCCAAUGGGGAAUAUUACUUUGAGCUCGAAGCACCAAAACAGUACAAAUCAGGAGCGAGAGAAGAAAUUACACAGAGAAGGCUCACAGUGAGCAAGUAUCGGGAUCAGACUUAUGUUUCCAUCAGAGAAUUUUAUGCCAAAGAUGGACAAAUGCUUCCGGGCAAGAAAGGCAGAUAG